AUGAAAUUAAGUGAAAUAAUGGUUGAACCCAAUGAAUCAGAAUCAUUAUGGAAACGUUUUCAACAACGAAAACGUUUAUGGUUUAUUCUUAUUCUUAUUCUUAUUCUUAUUCUUAUUAUAGCAUUGAUCAUAAUUAUUACUGUAGUUAUUAUACAUACGAAGAAAAAAGAUAAUAAUGAUAUUUUUUCAUCAACUGUGAAAAUAGUUACCACAGAAAUGAUGAUAACAACAGAAAAUAUUUCUUUAACUACUAUCAAAAAUAACAAUUUACCUUUAUUCAAAGAAGAAGGGAUUGUAGUUGCUGGAAGUAUUGAAUAUGGAAAAGGAUUGCAUCAACUUGAUGACCCUCAAGGUAUUUUUGUUACUAAAAAUACAAGUUUAUUUGUUGCUGAUUAUGGGAAUUGGCGUGUAGUUGAAUGGAAAUAUAAAUCAAAUACUAGUGAAAUUGUUGCCCAUGAUAGUGAAAGCAGUUCAAGCUUACAUCCAUCUAAUGUUAUUCUUGACGAAGAAGAUCAAUCUAUAAUCAUUGCCGAUCUGAUGACAAAACAAGUUACACGAAGGUCGAGUCAAAAUCAACAAAUUCUUGUUUCCAAUAUUUAUUGUUGGGGUUUAGCUAUAGAUAAGAAUCGAUCACUUUAUUUUUCAGAUGUCAAUGAAAAUAUUGUAUUAAAAUUGAAAAAAGAUGAUAAUUAUACAACAAUAAUUGCUGGUGGAAAUGGACUAGGAAAAAACAUGAAUCAACUAAAUUUGCCAACAUAUUUAUUUGUCGACGAAAAUUAUUCGCUUUAUAUAUCAGACACUAAUAAUCAUCGUAUCAUGAAAUGGAAGAAAGAUUCUAAAAAAGGAAUUAUUGUUGCUGGUGGAAACGGUCCAGGAAAUAGUCUUCAUCAGUUAAUCUCUCCUAAAGGUAUUAUUGUUGAUAAUUUAGGUUAUAUUUAUAUAUCCGAUGAAAGAAAUAAUCGUAUAAUGCGUUGGUAUGAAGGUGAUAGACAAGGUUUAAUUAUUGUUGGUAAUAAAGUUCAACAAAUAAAAGAAACAAAUCAAUUAAGCUUUCCACAAGGUUUAACUUUUGAUGUUCAAGGUAAUCUUUAUGUUGCAGAUAGUGGUAAUAAUCGAAUCGUAAAAUUUGAAAAAUAUUCUAAAUAA